AGUUGCGUAACCUGAAAUGCUAUUUAUUUAUGUCGUGUUUGUAAAAAAACAGUACUCGAGAUUACAUUUAUUUUGCAGAAGUAUUUUUGUUCAUAAUCAUAUGGUGCGGUGAUUAAUUAUGUCAUAAGCACUUUCUCCAUAAACGAGGGGAUGAGUGGAAAACCAAGAUUUCUAGCGCCAGGAGAAAAUACCUGGCAAGAAGAUAAAGCUGACAUCGAUGCACAUGUGUCUACGCAAUUUGUCUACAAUGCCAAUCACUCGCUAGCCCUUGAUUUACAAAGAAAGCGACUGCCAAUUUACAAAGUACGAAGUCACAUUAUUUACCUGUUGGAAAAGUUUCAAACUCUUGUGCUGGUUGGAGAAACAGGAUGUGGAAAGAGCACUCAAAUACCUCAGUAUCUGGUGGAGGCGGGAUGGACAGCGAAUGGGAAGAUCGUGGGCAUAACAGAGCCACGAAGGGUCGCGGCUACGUCCCUGGCGAGUCGCGUAGCCGAUGAGCGUAACUGCAUACUGGGCGCCGAUGUCGGCUACGCGAUACGCUUCGACGACUGCACUGACGAGACGACCAAGAUUAAGUACCUGACGGAAGGAAUUCUGCUCCGAGAGAUGAUGGGCGAUCCGCUACUGACGAGCUACAGCGUGAUAAUUCUGGACGAGGUGCACGAGAGAACAAUGCUGACUGACAUCAUAAUGGGUCUGCUCAAGAAAAUACUCAGAAAACGAAAGAGCCUACGACUGAUAGUCUCGUCAGCUACAGUAGACGCCGAGGAGCUACGCGACUUUUUCAACACGAAUUCAGCGAGUCAAAACCGCGACGAGGACACGGCGACGAUCUUGAGUGUCGAGGGUCGACUGUAUCCGAUCGAUAUCUAUUACUCAGCCGAACCAGUGGCCGAUUACGUUCAGGCGGUCGUCGAGACGGCUCUAAAAAUCAACGAUUCCGAGGCACCCGGUGACAUACUGGCUUUUCUCACCGGUAUGGAGGAGGUCGACAGGGCUGUAUCGCUGCUCAACGAACAUGCCAAGGUCGUCAAGGAGGGAAAAAUGAAGCUGAUGCCUCUGCCGAUGUACGGCUCGCUGCCGAACAACGAACAGCUCAAAGUCUUCUGGAGAACUCCGAACGACAGUAGGAAGAUCGUUGUCGCUACCAACAUUGCCGAAACUUCGAUCACCAUUCCCAACGUAGUUUACGUAAUCGAUUGCGGAUUUGUGAAGCUCCCAUGGUUCGACAUCGAAACGCACACCAACAGCCUCAUAGUAGCUCCGGUAUCGAAAGCUUCCGCUGACCAAAGAGCCGGUCGAGCUGGUCGAGUGAGAUCUGGAAAAGCCUACAGACUUUACACCGAGGAAGCUUACAACGAUCUGAUCGCCUCGACACCUCCGGAGAUGCAGCGAGCCGAUCUCGCCCCUGCGGUACUUCAACUCAAGGCUCUGGGCAUCGACAACGUCGUGAGAUUCAAUUUUCCAUCGUCGCCGCCCAGUAAAAGCUUACUCUCAGCCGUGGAGCUGCUCUACGCUCUUGGAGCCAUCGACAACGACGGCGAGCUCACCGAUCCCGUGGGCAUGACCAUGGCGGAAAUACCGUUGGAUCCUGUCUUCGCGAAGUGCCUCAUUGCUUCCGGCGAAAUGGGCUGCUCGAACGAAAUAACGACGAUUCUGGCGAUGCUCCAAGUCCAGAACGUAUUCGUGAGACCUAACAGUGGACAAGCGGCGAUAAAGGCGCGCGUGGCCCAUCGCAUGUUCGAAGUCGAGGAGGGCGACUUGAUGACUCUACUCAAUGUCUACACGGCUUACGAGAAAUACAAGACCAACAGCUGGUGUCAGAAGUAUUUCAUUAACAGCAAGGCCAUUAAGAGGGCCACGGAGAUCCGCACGCAAAUGCGGAAAUUGAUAAAGAAGCUAAAAAUACCGCUGUCUUCGUGCUUAGGUAACGUCGAGCUGUUACUCAAAUGCAUAACUGCUGGACUCUUUCCUUACGCGGCUUACUUGCACUACAGCGGUGUUUACAAGACCGUGAGAGGCGGCAAAGAUCUGCACAUUCAUCCGAAUAGUUGCCUGUAUACUUUGGAACAGCCUCAGUGGGUACUUUUUGGCGAAGUAGUGCAGACGAACAAAACGUAUAUGCGAGAGUUGACUGUCAUCAGGCCUGAAUGGCUUGUAGAGUUGGCGCCGCACUUCUAUCAAAGGACUGCGAUCGACCAAACGUGAAAGACAAUGUAUUGGAAUUGUGUUGUCUUCUGAAAUUUAUACAUAUACACAUAAGACUUGGACAUUAAACAUAACUUAUUUUUACUUCCAA